GCCAGACUCCUCGUUCUGCGAGAAUCUAACAAAAACAGAUAUAUCUGAUCACAGCUUUAGGAUUUGACUUUUUCUUAGAAAAUCAAUACGACUUGCUUCGGAUUUUUGCUCCUAUCAGACACGCGGAUUAGUGUUGCUUUGGCAUAAAUUCCAGCGUUUUUCUAUCUUCGCACCCUGAGUCUAUGACAGUACUAUUCUUCCCGUUUUUCGAGUCAUGAAAAUGAAUAAGUAGAAUUUAAGCAGGAUUGCAUCGGUAUUUCUGUUUUUUUUUUGUUGCUAACUAGUAGUAGCACUUGUUACAGUUACUUUUUGCUUUAGUACUCUUCAUCUUGAUCUCGCUUGGUUUGUCACUCUUCUUUCUUCGACAGAAUUUGCGCAGUUGAUCGAGAUUGAAUAGACACAAAGAUGACCGGUCUCGGAGCAAACUUGAUCCACGCUUCGGAUCGUGUGGAGUUGGACUUUCCCAUGUUGUUAUUCGCAAACUCUGAAGAAAAAUUGAGGCAAAUCCGUUGCGACGUUUUAAUCCAAGAUGUAGUUCUGGACACUGAUUGUACCGAACAAACUCCUCGAAGUGGCGAUCUCGAGGAGAACAAGGUUUUUGUGAAGCCGCAACGGAAAGACCAAGAAGUAGAUAACAACCGGAAUCACUAUCACGAUGAUAAGGUGGACGAAGAGGGCACUCGCCCAAAUGGGACCACGACUUUAGCUUUUCUUGUUCACAACCUCCUAAGUCGCGAGGAGUGCGUUUUUUUGAAAGAGAAGAUGGACGCAGAUUCUGAUGAAGAUGGGGUUGUCCGCGAAAAGAUUGACGAUGCUACACGACAAAGCGACCGUAAAUUGUACUUUUCGAAUCGACUGGCUUCUGUCCUUUUCGAAAGGCUGGAACCAUUUUUAGCGAAGAUGGCAUUAGAGGAAAUUCAUGUCUCUUCGAAAAUAGCUAAAACCUCGUUUGACGACGACCAGGGUAAAUUAAGGAGUUCCAGUUGUACUAUGACUACGACGGCAAAGAAGACGAUAUUUCGGCAAGAACACGAAGAGACGUCGAACGUGAAGGAUACAGCAGCUUCCAACAAAUCCAGGACGACCGAAGACGCGCAGGUCGAUAGAGCUUCCGCUGUAACCCUACCCGAGAAAGAGCGCGCAUUUGUCCACCUCGAGGGACGACGUUGGCACGGACGCUGGACGGCAACAGGCCUGAACGACCGGUUUAGUUUUCUGCUCUACAAAGAGGCAGGCCAGGCGUUUCUACCUCAUUCCGACGGCUCCUUUGGUAGUAAGGAUCCGGACACUCAUCAGAUGCGGUAUUCCAUGUUCACGGUACUGUUGUAUCUCAAUGACGAUUUCACCGGGGGCGAAACGAAUUUACUUUCGCAUUAUGGGGACGAUGGGGAGACCGAAAUCCACUUUCUCUGUGGUGGGUACGAGGAGAACACGAGCCUCAUUCCCGGGAAACAGUCUGGUAAGGUUCGGUGCCGAAUUUUCGCAAGCAUCAAACCGGGAGCAGCAGAAAUGCAGUUGGAGAAUCAAGACGAUCCUCUUGUUGAGGAGGAUUCAUUCCCACUGUUUUCAUGUUGCUCUUCGGGUCGCCCGGAUAAGGAGAUGAUACGUGCAGCAGAGAAGGCGAUGCCCAGGAGCUCUAGUCCUCAUCCUUUGAUCCCGAACACAAAAAUUGGAGCUGCUCUUGUCUUUUUCCAAAAUGGGAUGCUCCAUGAGGGCGCCCCUCUUCAAGGUGGAUCCAAGUAUGUCAUUCGCACGGAUGUCAUGUACCACAGGGAACAGGAAGUUCCGCUCGGGAAACACGAAGAAUCUCAAGAUGAUCGCGGAGGCCUUAAUAUUAAAAAUUGUACGAAUUAUGCAAAAGAAGAAAAACUUCGCUUGGCUGAUCAGUAUCUGGAAAAAGCAAUCGCGUUCGAAGAACAACGGAAAUUUCGUGAAGCGCAAGAGCACUAUAGAUGGGCAUUUCACUUGAAUCCAGAACUAGAAAGACUUGUUUGAAAUUCUAAGGGAAUUCAAAGACAGUUAUUUUUCUUUUCACGUAGAGAUAAGACGUUCAUCGGGCUUGGGACAGAAGUGAAUAGUAGAUGAUCAUAUGAGAACUAGUGGCAUCUUCAAGAAGCUAAGACAGCUCGUCUCUGCAGUAGCAUCGAU